UUAGAUAAGUUAGAAGUUUGACAGGUCAGGUUUCUAACAGAAUGCACAGAAAGUCAUUAUUUUGACAGAAAGUCAGACUUUUGAGAUAAUGUCUGAUUUUAUUUAUUUAUUUAUUUAUUUAUUUAUUUUACAUACUGCUGCUGCCGCAAAUAAAGAAAAUAUCUAUUAUACUUUUUUUUUUUUCCAACCUGCCGGAAAUCACCCUGUAGUGUCUCUCUAAAUUUAAACGGAAACCUGUUUGAUCAGAUCGCAUCCCCAGUGUCCCACACUGCCUACUAUAGCGUAGUGUGUGUGUGUGUGUGUGUGUGUGUGUGUGUGUGUGUGUGUGUGUGUUUCUCCGCUGUGUAUAGUGCACUAGGACUCGGGUUUGGAAUUCAGCCUUCAGAGCUCAAACGGCAACAAAGGACGUUGUCAUAGCAACCACGCGCGUUCUACAGCCUGCUUUGUAAACAAACGCUGAAGAAGCUGGUGAGAGUUCUCCCAAGGUUCUUCAUCAUCGUUAUCAUCAUCAGCACCAACAUGCCGCUCCUGAUCAGUGAUCACACCUGGAGCCAGACCGAGAGCACGGUGUGCGUCCGCGUGCCGUUAAAAGCCGUUAAACCGGGGAAAGUGGACGUUACGUGCACGGAGGAGUAUCUGAAGGUCAGUUUCCCUCCGUUUCUGUUCGAGGCCUUCUUCUUCGCGCCGAUAGACGAAGAGAAAAGUGUGGCGAAAAUCGGAAACGGCGUGGCGCUUUUCACACUGCCCAAAAAGACUGCAGGCCUCUGGGAGCAGCUCAGUGUAAACAUCGGGAAAGACAAACAGAAAGAGAUUCGAGAAGGAGCCGUCAUCAAGAGCCAGAAGAAGGCGAUGGAGAAAGAGGAAGAGAAAGUCCUGAGGAUUCAUCAGGAGAGGAAGUACACACUGGAGACCACGAUGAAGAUCGAGGAAGAGGAGCGAGCGAGAAUCCAGAGGAUGAAGGACGAAGAGUGUGCGAGAGCCUUAAAGGAGCUGGAGUCCUGGAAAGAGAAGCAGAAGGAAGCGGAAGAGGAAGAAGAGGCUCGACGAAGGCUACAGGAAGCAGCCGAGCAGGAAACGAAGCAAGUUCAUCAGCGCAGAAAGCCUGAGAAGGUUAUAGCACCUGUACGAAACCCGAGCAGAGCUGAAGGUGAGAUGAGCAGUGGGAAAAAGUCCAGACAGGUGGAUCUUCCUGCUCCGAGAUCAACAAGCUGCUUGAAGGUCAGCUUCACCCCUCGGGUCUUGCCCACGCCCUCACGAGAGUCUUACAUCCCACAGGAAGAAGAGUGGCUCAGGCAGCAGGCCGAGGCGAGACGGGCGGUGAACGCUGAUCUGGCUGAGCUGGAUGAUCUGACGGAGGAGGAGAGAAACCCUGACUGGCUCAAGGAUAAAGGAGAUAAAUUCUUCGCCGCUGGGAACUACCAGGCCGCGGUCAACGCCUACGACCUGGCCAUCAGACUCAACCGCCGGAUUCCUGCUCUGUUCUCCAACCGAGCAGCAUGUCAUCUGAAGCUGAGAAACCUGCACAAAGCCAUCUGGGACAGUUCUCAGGCUCUGGAGCUGCUCACGCCAGCCGUCUCUGCUAACGCUGCAGCCCGGAUGAAGGCCCACGUGAGGAGAGGAACCGCUUUCUGUCAGCUCGAGCUCUAUGUAGAAGGGCUUCAGGACUACCAGGCUGCUCUCAGGAUCGAUCCACACAACCAGGCUCUGCAGGCAGACACGGAGAAGAUCCGGGAGAUCGUUCAAGGCACCAGACCGAGCUCAAAAUGACUAGGGAAAAGUCCGUUCCGAUGCUUACCGAGUCCUAAACAUGAAUGAUGGCGUGUUUUAUCUUUUAUAAUACCAGCAGUGUUCCCUUUCGAAGGGGUCUUCACGUUGCGUUUAGCAUAACACUAUGGGAGCACCUCUCGCGCGUGACUGGUAUCUGAAGCUUGUGUAAAAUCAUGCCUAUUUAUAGGCCUGCCGUGAUAAUAUAUAAAUAUGGCGCCUGUGAACCGCGCCGUCAGCCUCUAUUAUCUUAAGCGAAAGACUGCAUGUCGUUUGUCUGUGUAAAGAAACAAAAAGACGCUUCAUUUCCUGUCUAUCUCUUCUCAAAAUCUCAGAACUUUUCUAUCCCUUAAAAAAAAAGAAAAGGAAUGAGCGAGAGAGAAAAAUAUGAGUCAGAGAAUUCACGUGGGUUACGGCUUGCUCACGUUUCAUCACGGGGAAUAGUGCACAUAUAUGUAUGCAUGUAUAUAAUCUUUGUUAAAUAUAGGUGUGCAGCAAUAUAUACAUAUUGAUAAACCUGUGUUGUGUUUGGAAUUGUUUGAUAUCCAUGACAGCAGAGUAUUUUUGUGAAUUUUUCUAACAAAAGAUCCAAAGGUUCAACAAUAAAGACAAUUUUUC